AUGGGCCCCUGUACCGCCUCCUCAUGCUGCUGCCAGGCCCGUAAUCUGCCAUGGGCCCCCGUACCGACUCCUCAUGCUGCUGCCAGGCCCGUAAUCUGUCAUGGGCCCCUGUACCGCCUCCUCAUGCUGCUGCCAGGUCCAGAGUGUGUCAUGGGUUCCUGUACGGCCUCCCAUUGCUGCUGUCUCCAUCGCCACACUCUGCCAUGUACCACUUUCAGGUCUCCUCACACUGCUGGUGGGUUCCAUUUUGUCAUAGGGUGCUGGCAGAUUACGGGCCUCCCAUUGCUGCUGCCAGGCCCGUAAUCUGCCAUGGGCCCCCGUACCGACUCCUCAUGCUGCUGCCAGGGCCCGUAAUCUGUCAUGGGCCCCUGUACCGCCUCCUCAUGCUGCUGCCA